AUGUAUGACGUUUCAGGACAAGAUCUCCUUCGCAGAUCGCCGUGUGUUUCGUCCGAAGGCAUAUCUACUGCUGCCGAAACUCCUCCUACAACUCCUCUCGAUCAUGGUAUCUCCAGCCCAGCUGAGUUCAGCCACCGCCGUCCCAUCUCCCGCCGUGGCGCAGACAAAGUUGAGUAUUUACUAGAAGAUAUUGUCGACUGGGUAGUCGGUAUUGUUAUGUCAGACAUGGCUGAGACCACCCAGAGAGCCGGAGGUUUCUCACGCCACGCUGCGAAUAAAAUCUCUCCUCCAAACGAGAUUGUGCUCUCCAACAACCCUCGCGAUGGCUCCUAUCCCGGAACUCGUAGUCCUGCCGCCCAACUUCACGCCGGAGCUGUUCGAAAGCUUCAUCCGUCGCGCCCAGGAGAUCUAUGGCGCCGAGAACGUCCGCGUCGUGCCCAAAGACGGGCCCCUGGAAGGCGCUUCGUACCUCAACCCAGCCCAAGUCGCACGAUCACCUCCCGCUCUACGAGAAGACGCGGUUCGUCACCUCGGCCGUCGUCACGAUCCGGGCCCUCGUGGCCCUGUGCAACGAGCUCGUCAUGCCCCUGUGACCCAUCUCGCUUGGCUGCAACUUCGGCUACGGCGGCGGCGCCGCCCCCGCGCCUACGCGCUGCUCGAGGCUGCGGUGGUUUUGCUUCCGCGACCUGCACGAGUACCUUGAGAGGCACAACCUGCGCGAGCACCUCUGGCUCUCCGUGCCCGUGGGCCAAGGCUCCGUCCUCGGCAACGCCGUACGGCGACUACUAUAGCAUGUGCUGCGGUAUGGAGGUCGUGCUGCCCAACGGCAAGCUCGUGCGCACUGGCAUGGGCGGCGUUCCCAUGCCUACAAUCUGCCACGGGAGUUGGCGGCUUUACGAGGGUCUUCGCAGUCAAGGCUUGCGGAGGUCAGAUUCGAAUGCAAAUACCUACCUAUACCUAUCCAUAGUGGUUCUCAUCUUCGACUCCCUCUCACACUUUGAGCGGACCCAGCCUGAUAACACACCUUUAUGCUACCAAGAGUAG